AUGUUCGACUCACAGAUCGGCUCACUCCUCGCCCUCGUAGCCCUCGUCGCCUCCAACCCCCACCUACAACUAGCUCCAAGUGCGCGCCGGAUCCCCGCUGGCACGACCUUCACAUCUCCUCAGCCGUAUACGAGGUACGACCGAGGCGGCGACGCCGACCCCGUCUUCCUCCUCGAAGAGGGAGCGACUCUGAGCCUUGUUGUCAUUGGCGCCAACCAAGCUGAUGGCAUUCACUGUCUUGGCUCGUGCACCCUCGACAACGUCUGGUUCGAGGUGACGACACUUCAAUUCAAUACUUGCUAA